AUGUCGUCGACUCCCUCCACCACCACGCCAACAUGGCACCACUUUGAGAAGAAGGUGGACGAGGUCAAGCCUUCCAAGACUGACAUCAACUAUCUUGUGAUGGACUACCUCGUCACCAAUGGUUAUCCUGCAGCUGCAAAGAAAUUUGCAGCGGAGGCCAACAUCCAGCCGAGGGCCGACAUCGAGUCGAUUCAGGAACGAGUAGAGAUUCGCAGCGCGAUCCACUCGGGAGACAUUCAGACCGCCAUUGAAAAAAUCAAUGAGCUGAACCCUCAGAUCCUGGAUGAAAAUCCGUCUCUUCACUUCUCUCUUCUCCGAUUACAGCUUGUCGAGCUGAUUCGUAAAUGCACCUCCAGUCCUGAUGGAGACAUCACACCGGCGCUGGACUUUGCAACGUCCCAGCUCGCGCCGCGAGCUCCAACCAAUCCACAGUUUCUGGAAGACUUGGAGCGUACUCUGGCUCUCUUGAUUUUCCCGUCGGAAAACCUGGCCCCUUCGCUGGCCUCUCUGCUUCAUCCUGAUUUGCGCAAGGAGAUCGCAACGAAAGUGAACGAAGCCAUCUUGCAAAGCCAAGGUGCGCGUAAAGAGGCUCGAUUGCGCAAUCUGGUCAAGCUCCGCGCAUGGGCGGAGCAGAAAGCACGAGAAGCGAAGAAAGACAUACCCGACCAUUUGGACCUGGGAUUGGUCCCGGAUAAAACGAAUUCAGAUCACGAUCAUGACGCCGGCACCAACCAGAAUGGCAACUCUGAGGAUGCUGUAAUGACUAACAAUGGGGACGUUGAUCCCAUGGUCUCGUAA